UCCUCAUGUAAGAUACAUAGUCAGGCGACAGAUCCCGUACUGGGGGUUUCUCUUCAAAGCCAGCUGGUCUGGCUUUAUUAUACAGGAAUUUUUUUACCUGUCAGAGUUUGGUCAACAAUACCCUCAGCAGGUGCUGUAGGGCACACCUUCCUGGAGAAGCAGGGCACUGGUGCCGAAAAAGGAACUGUGAAGUAACUUCAAUGCAACUGCAAAGCUUUAAACUCUUGAAUUUGGAAACCGAGGUGUGAAUGGUACGGAUGUCAAGAUCAGUAAACUGAAAAGGGCAAGAAGGAAAGUGCAAGAAUUGUGAACAGAAGAAGUGAGAAGGGCAGAAGAAGGAAAAAUACAUUGCUUUAAGGACGAGGGAAGAAAGGAAAACGGGGACUAUGGGGAGAAAAAAGAUUCAGAUCACGAGGAUAAUGGAUGAACGUAACAGACAGGUGACAUUUACAAAGAGAAAGUUUGGGUUAAUGAAGAAGGCAUACGAGUUGAGUGUAUUAUGCGACUGCGAGAUAGCUCUUAUCAUCUUCAACAGCACUAACAAACUCUUCCAGUACGCCAGCACGGAUAUGGAUAAAGUUUUGUUGAAAUAUACAGAAUACAACGAGCCACAUGAAAGUCGAACAAACUCAGACAUUGUUGAGACAUUGAGAAAGAAAGGCCUCAAUGGGUGUGAUAGUCCAGAUCCUGAUGCAGAUGAUUCUGUAGGUCACAGUCCAGAGUCUGAGGACAAGUACAGAAAGAUUAAUGAAGAUAUUGAUCUAAUGAUCAGCAGGCAAAGAUUAUGUGCUGUUCCACCUCCCAAUUUUGAGAUGCCGGUUUCCAUCCCAGUCUCCAAUCCUAACAAUAUGGCUUACACUAAUCAAGCCGGGUCACUGGGUAACCACAACCUUUUGCCAUUGUCCCAUCAAACCUUGCAGAGAAACAGCAUGUCUCCUGGCUUGACACAUCGACCACCAAGUGCAGGUGGUCUGAUGGGUGGGGACCUCACAAGCGGUGCAGGCACCAGUGCAGGUAAUGGGUAUGGCAAUCAUCGUAACUCGCCAGGUCUGCUGGUCUCACCUGGUAACUUAAAUAAAAAUAUGCAAACAAAAUCGCCACCACCAAUGAACCUGGGGAUGAACAAUCGUAAACCCGACCUCCGAGUUCUUAUUCCACCUGGCAGCAAGAAUACAAUGCCCUCUGUGUCUGAGGAUGUCGAUCUGCUUUUGAAUCAAAGAAUAAAUAACUCCCAAUCUGCUCAGUCGCUGGCUACCCCAGUGGUUCCUGUAGCGACACCGACUUUGCCAGGACAGGGAAUGGGAGGAUACCCAUCAGCUAUAUCGACAACAUAUGGCACUGAAUAUUCAUUAAGCAGCGCAGACUUGUCAUCUCUUUCUGGCUUUAACACCAGUGCCCUCCACCUUGGCUCAGUCACUGGCUGGCAGCAGCAUCAUCUACACAACAUGUCUCCAUCCACUCUCAGCCAUUUGGGAGCUUGCACUAGCACUCACUUAUCUCAGAAUACAAAUCUCUCCCUGCCUUCUACUCAAAGCCUCCACAUCAAGUCAGAACCUGUUUCUCCUCCUAGAGACCGUACCACCACACCCUCGGGAUACCCUCAUCACACACGUCACGAGGCGGGGAGGUCUCCUGUUGACAGCCUGAGCAGCUGCAGCAGUUCGUAUGAUGGAAGUGACCGAGAAGACCACCGGAAUGAUUUCCACUCCCCCAUUGGACUCACCAGACCUUCGCCGGACGAAAGAGAAAGCCCGUCAGUCAAGCGCAUGCGGCUCUCUGAAGGAUGGGCAACAUGAUACAUUUAUUAUAUAUUAGAAUUUUUUUUUGCAGUGUGUGUGCUAUACCUUAAUGGGAAGUGGGCAGGGAGGGAGGGUCGAUAUACAUUUAUGUGCAGUGUGUGGGGGAAAAAUAAAGUCAGGUACUCUGUUUUGUAAAAGUACUUUUAAAUGCCUCAGUGAUCCAAGAUAGGGUUAAGGAGAACUGCUGAACGAACAAGCUUAGCACUUAAGCUAUCAACAGAAAACUUGUACAAAAUAGAUUUUGAAGCUAACCUCUUUUUCACUGUUGUGCUCCCUUUGCAAAAUGUAUGUUACAAUAGAUAGUGUUAUGUUGCAGGUUCAACGUUAUUUACAUGUAAAUAGACAAAAAUAAAGAAAACUUUUUGCCAAAAUUGGCAAAUGUUUUUUCCAUGAGAGAAAGCAGCUGUUAUGCAACAUAUGGUGACAUGUACAGGUUCUGACCGUCCCAGCGUCGGGUGGCUGUGGAUAACUGUUAAAAGGCUGGGCCACCGACUCAAUGUAAACUAAUCAAACACACCAGCAGGUUAAAAAAAAAAUUUAAACAAAAUAUGGCACUUAUUUGAAUAAAUUUGGGGUCAUACUAGAUGGUGUUUUUGAUGGUUUACAUCUUUUGUUGUUCAUUUCUGGGUAUACAUCACUUAAUAUAUAGAAAUAUAAAUUAUGUACAUUACAUUUUGCUUAUUUUCAUAUAAAAAAAAAUGGUUAAAUGAAGUUUGCAAAACAUUUGUGGCUUUUUGUAGGUAAUUUAAGCCAAAAUGUGUUUUUUUUUCCCCUUGAUAGCUUCGCUAAUAUUUAACAGUCCUUAAAUAAAGAAAUUAAUUUUUUUUUCUUUUUUUUUUUUGUAAAAAAUAAAAGUAAAAAAAAAAAAUAUUGUCCCCCUCGGUCCAUGAAGAAUUUCACGCUUUUGCUAAUCGAAAUAACUGUUUUCUCUUUGUAGACGUUUUUGUUUUUGAAAUGUGUAUUUCUAAUUAUAUGAGAUAAUAUUACGAAUCUUUAAAAAAAAAAAAAUCUGUGAAAUUAACAUGCUUGUAUACAGCAUUCUAAUAAACUUUAAACUAGCA